AUGGAGGGCCAAACUUACAAUGAAGAGAUCGAUUGUGGAAGUUUCUUUGAUCAAAUUGACGAUUUCAUCGAAUUCCCUCCAGUCAACGACACCACAUUCAAUAAUUCAAUAGAUUGCAAUGAUUUUGCCGACAUUUGGACCAACAACUCCGAUGAACUCCAAGUCUCUGAUCCCAUCUUCUCCGAUAGUAAUCCCGCCUCAACCCUAUCAGCAGAACUUUCCGUUCCGUAUGAAGAUAUCAUCCAGCUUGAAUGGCUUUCAAACUUUGUGGAAGACUCGUUUUCCGGUGGGGGAAUGACAAUGAACAAAGAGAAUAUUCCGGUGAAAAAAGAGCCACCAGUGGUGGUGGCAAACUACCACUUCCAGAUGUCAAGUCCGGUCUCCGUUCUCGAAAGCAGUAGCAGCUCCUCCAGCUCCUCCUCUAGCUCCGGGAGUGGCACCGGCGGCAUGAUGAUCCCACUCAGCCCAACUCACCGGGGCCCGCAGCGGGCCCGAAGCAAACGGUCUCGACCUGCCACCUUCAACCCCCGUGCCGCCAUCGAACUCCUCUCCCCUCCAAACCUGAUUCCGAUUCCGAUUCCUGGUUCUAUGGAAUCGGUGAUUCCGGUUGAGAAGAAGAGAAAGAAGAAGCCGAAGAAGAAACCCGAGGCGGCUCAAUUCAAUCCGGAAGACAACGAGAACGGAAUCGAGAACCAAAAGAUGGGGACGGGGCAAGGAGUUAGGAAGUGUAUGCAUUGUGAAAUUACGAAAACGCCCCAGUGGCGGGCUGGCCCGAUGGGUCCGAAAACCUUGUGUAAUGCUUGUGGGGUCCGUUACAAAUCCGGGCGGCUGUUCCCGGAGUAUCGCCCGGCUGCAAGUCCGACAUUUGUCCCUUCCGUGCACUCGAAUUCACAUAAGAAGGUUGUGGAGAUGAGAACUAAGUGUAUGCCGAUUGAGGUAAUGGGAUCAGUUCAGGUUCCACUUGGACCUGAACUGAUCCCCAACCCGAACCCACUACCAGAAUAUAUCUGAUGUGGGUUGGGUAUAAUGUAUUCGGGAUUCGAUAUCUGGUAUCUGGUAUCUAAUAUCGUAUAAUUAGUAUGUUGAAUUGGUUGAUUGUACAGGAGGGUAAUGAAGGAGGGAGGAAGAGGAGGAGCAUAUAUAUAUAUUAUAGAUAUUUUAGAAGGUUAGAGAGAGA